AUGUUUGCCAGGCCAUAUACCCAAUUCCUUCAUGCCUCUCCUAGACUAGCACUUCCCCGACGGAAGGAUUUCUUUUCAUCCAAUGCCCACUUGAAACAAAAACAGAACGCCGAUGAACCAAUUGAAUCCUCUCCGGAUUCCCGGAAGCAACUUCGACGGGGUCCUAGGUCACCAGCAGCUCCCACUUCAUUGCGGCGGGUAGCGGUAGAGGCACAGAGGUCGAAGGAUGGCAUUAUCUCCAAGGCGCUCCUCAAAGAGCAGGGGUUAUAUCGGACUAAGACAGUUACCGCCUACGCCGUCGCCGAACAAUUUGACAUCCGCAAAGUAAGAGAUAUCUUGCAAGAACGAGGAUAUGAACCGGACCCGUUGGAAACCGGGCUUUUCCCGCAGGUCGUUCAUGUUCAGAUACCCUUAGACUCCAUACAGCGCAUGACGAAUCCCUCCGGCAUAGAUCUACCAUCCGACGAAGUGGGCGAUUUAUUCGUGUUUCCCUCCGGUACUGUGGUAGCGUGGGGGCUCCCAGAAGGAUUCACAUCAUUCCUGGCAACGCGGACUCUCUUGCCCGCAGCACAAGGUGCCCAUGUGGAUAACCUGGAAACCGAGGAUCUCGAAUUCGUGGAGGACCCGAAGCGAGAGAACAGUGUGAUCAAAGGUGACACGAUUAUACUAGGCACCAAACCAGGUCACGGAGAUGCGGAGGGAUUACCAGCGGCGCAACAAUCCAUUAACACGGUGUUGACCAAGAUUGCAUUUUCGUCAGGUCUCGCUCGGAGUACGAAGUUGGCCGUCCUCGAGAGCCUUCUUUCAAACUAUUUUGAAUCGACUCGGCCAAUUCCGACUCUUCUAUCAAAGGGAUCCCGUCUUCCUUUUACACGAGACUUUGUCCUCCGGAAGACGGGGCAGCUGCUCAGUGUCCGAGCCCAGCUCAAUCUCUAUUCCGAGCUCACUGAUUCCCUUCCCGAUCUCUUUUGGGACAGCCGACACGAGCUCGGCUUGGAGGGAUACUACGAGCAGGCUGGCAGAGCUUUAGAUGUUGGAAUUCGCAUCAAACUGCUGAACGAGAAGAUGGACUAUGCGCAAGAGAUCGCAAGUGUACUUCGGGAGCGCCUAAGUGAGACACACGGUCUGCGGCUCGAAUGGAUUAUUAUUCUGCUCAUUACCGUUGAGGUUGGCUUUGAAGUAUUACGACUGUGGAAAGAAAGAGCACAUAAACAGGAGGAGGCGCGCAAGCAGGAGGCCUAG